CACACUCACACCCCGCACCCACACCCACACCCACAACCACCCACACCCACACCCACACCCACACCCACACCCACACACACCCACACCCACACCCACACCCACACCCACACCCACACCCACACCCACACCCACACCCACACACCCACACCCUUUAAUUCGUGAUUAAAAUGCAUUGAAAAACUUAUAAAUCAAGGAAAGUACUGCAGAGUCGAACCUUCAAUUUAGUCCCAACAUAGAUCUACUAUGGUUUUCUUGGUUGAUGUACUUGCUAUUGAUAAGUACUUUGGUGUUUUUCAGAGUGGUUAAUGGAAUUUAGUGGUUGAGAAUAUUUCAGUAGCAGAAUUUUUUUCAUAGAUGGCAACGCAUCGACACGUCUCCUGUCAUGGUGCCGUAUGCUGAAAGCGUCAAUAUCGACUUCUCCUAUGUUUUAUCCUAUUUUCCGUAUUUUUGUCCUUCAAACUAGCCAUAAAGGAGUUCAUGGACAUAUAGACUAGACAUGAAAUGUAUCACAGACAUUCUAGACCAGUCUGGACGGAUAUUCAACACAUCUCCUAUUAAUAUGACGAAUCUCACAGACAUUUCGGACUAGUCAGGAAGUUCUUCAUCCGUCAUUUUUUGUUUACUUUAGUCCGUGGUUAUGCUCUAUCGUUUCUAAACUUCGUUUGAUUUUUUUCCUAGAUUGACUCAGAUCACCAUUAUUUCCAAUUGAUCUUCUUAAAAAAUAUAAAUAUUAGUAGAUGCUGUAAUUCGCAAACCAUAAACUCUUAGGUCAAAUAUAAAUAUCAUACUGAGACUAGUUAGUUUGGAAACUGUUUAUUUACGCAUUCUAAUAAUAAUAACAGAUUUCAUCAUGUCUGAGUAUCCAUCAUAAUAUUUUUUGUAAUGACAUGAUUUAAUAAUAUUGUCAUAUUUUUUCUGAUCAAACAUCUUAACAGAAAAUACAACUAAAACAAGAAAAAUAUAGUCAAAAAAAACGAAGCGAAUCCAUGCAAAUAUUGCACAAGUUUCUGCAUAUUUCUAUAUCAAGAACUUCGCACCAAUAGCUAUGUACUACUAUUAUGAGUUUCUGGUUCUUGGUCAACCGUCUUGAUGAAUUUUUCAGAAAUUGAGUUCACCAAUAGGGAUACAUUUCCAACCCAAUUAAAACAUAUUUUAUCUUGAUUUGUUAUGUCAAUCUACGUUUAGUGUUCCUGAAUAUUCCCUUAGAUGCGCGUUGGUCACAGAAUGGUAUCACUGUUGCUGGAUAUAAUGAAGAUGGUAGUGGCAUCGAUCAACUCAAAGACCCUCAUGGUCUAUUCAGUGAUAGCAAUCAAACAGUGGUCAUUGCUGAUUGUUCUAAUCAUCGUAUUGUUCAAUGGAAGAUCGGCGACACGAAUAUACAAGUUGUUGCUGGUGGAAACGGGGAAGGAAAUCGAUUGAGCCAGUUGAAACAUCCAACUGAUGUGCUGAUUGACAAACAGACCUACAGUCUAAUUAUCUGCGAUGCAGGCAACCGACGAAUAGUACGAUGGUCUCGUCGUCGUGGUACUAAAACAGGAGAAAUUCUAAUCAACAAUGUUGAUUGCCGAGGAUUGGCUAUGGAUGAUCAGAGAAAUCUCUAUGUAUCUGACGCUGAAAAUCAUGCGGUUCGACGAUAUCAAAUAAAUGACGAAAAGGGAGUUUUUGUUGCUGGUGGAAACGGCUUUGGUACUAGCCUCAACCAACUCGCAUUUCCUACCUAUGUAUUUGUCGAUCGGCAACAGACUCUCUACAUUUCGGACUCUUCGAAUAAUCGUGUCAUGAAAUGGCCUAAAGGCGCAACGGAAGGUAUUGUCGUCGUUGGAGUUCAGGAGAAUGAGAAUGCUUUGCACCAACUAUCGGAUCCUGCAGGAGUCUUUGUCGAUAACUUGGGUAUUCUUUACAUUGCAGACUCGCACAAUCAUCGUGUACUACGUCGGCUUCAAGACACACAAGUCACUGUUAUUGUAGGAGGAAAUGGUCACGGAUCAGCAGCAAAUCAACUCAAUUGUCCCGUCGGUUUGUCCUUUGAUCGUCAAGGAAAUCUCUAUGUCAUCGACAACGAAAAUAAUCGUGUACAACGGUUUUCAAUUGAAUAG